UUGUACUCCAAAGCCAUCGCCUUCAACGCGUCCUAGCCUCCGGUCUCCAAGUGAGCUUCAUUCUGUGAAACAUCUGUUCUGUAAUUUUACUAAUCAGGCGAAGCCACGACGUACGGCAUGGCAAAAUUAGCGCCUGAACAAGGAGGAGAGAGUGAUAGGAUUAGCAGCUUGCCAGACCCUCUGCUUCAUCACAUCCUAUCUUUUCUUCCCAUAAAAGAAGCCAUAGCCAAGAGCUUGAUCUUGUCCAAGAGGUGGACUCCGCUAGGGCUAGCAAUGCCCGCUCUUCAUAUUCAUGACACUGGCUUUGCUACUCUUAAUUCUUUCAUUCAAUUUGUAGAUGCAGUCUUGUUCUUGUCACAUCCCAAACCCAUAAACAUGUUUCGUCUCAAGUGUCAGAGAUUCCAAGUGCCGCCUAUCAGGACUAAUCUGUGGAUUAACUUUCUGAUAAAUCGUAAAGUGGAGCAUCUCGAGCUGUGUUUUGCAGAUUUAAAUUCUUAUAGUCACGUUGAUGUGCCUGCUUGCAUUUUCCACAGCAGUACCAUUAAGAUUUUAAAGUUGGCUCAGGUUAAGCUGAAUGCUCGAUCUGUUAAUUUGCCUUCACUCAAAGUAUUGCAUCUGGUGAAAGUUCUAUUUUCAAAUGCUGAAUCUGCGGCUAAUAUCCUUAAUGGAUGUCCUCUUCUUGAAGACCUAGUAUUAAAAUCUUGGUCUAUUGAAGCUUUCAAAUUCCCUUGGCUCGGAACGUUUAAACAUUUGGUGUCGGCAGAAGUUGAACUAUCUUGGAUUCCGUUGGCAGCUUUUAGUAAUGUUAGGCUACUUCGGAUUAAGGAAAAGCAGCUCGGGUGGAGCCUAUCUCUGUCUUGUGUUUCGACAACAUUUUAUAAUUUAAACCACCUGGAACUCUCAUGUCUGAGCAGUCAUGUGAACAGUCUCAUGAGAUGCCUUCGAAAAUUCCCAAAACUUAAAAUUCUUGUUAUUCACAAGCUGGAAGAUCCUGUUUGGGAGAGAAGUUCGGUGGAGUCAAUGAUUGAUGAUGUUCCUCAAUGUCUUUCAACACAUCUUAAGGAAUUUUGUCUGGGUGAAUAUAGAGGGUCGGAAUGUGAGUUUGAACUUGCAACGUUUAUUAUGAAGAACUCAAGUGCUUUGACAAACAUCUCCAUUUAUAGUUCUGCAAAGGAAAAUAUAGAUUCGAAACAUCAAAUGCUCAGAAGAUUAUCAUCAUGUCCUAGAGGUUCAUUGAAUUGCAGGCUGCUAUUCAAUUAAAUUUCUGAAAUGUAAAAUUCUUUUGUUGGUUGUGUGUGUUUCUUGAUUUUAUUUUGGCUGAUUUCCCUUUUGACUAUAUAUCUUGGACAACAUGUUCCGCUGGACACUUCAUGGAGCUUGUUUCAGUUGGUUUAUGCUAGAUGUGGAGCUUUUUGACUUUUGUUUAAUUCAUAUGAUAUAUGUGCUUCUUCUUAUCCAAA